GUGAUUGGUCAAAUACUUCAUGCUAUCUAUAUAAGAAAGGAGGAAGCCAAAAGGAAAAAAGCUGAACUCAAAGAAGGAAAUUAGGGAAAAAAAAGUGGAGAAAAUUAGUUAUUAAGGCUCUGUAUUAUAUGGAGGGCAUUUCAGGAUCAAGAUCUGGUCAUGGAGGUCUUGUUGUCAAGGGAGAGAUUAAAUGGGUUGAAUCUAAUGGCGAUGAAGAAGAAGAUUGCAAUGAAGGCAACUUUGCUCACAAGAUAAGAAAAUCAAGAAACGAAUACGACGAGAAUGAGGACAUAAAACGAUCUUCAUCUUCACAAAAAUAUCUUGGUGGCAGCAAAGAGGAAAAUGAUCAGCUUGAAUCAACCAGAGCUGAAAUUGGUGAAGUUAGAGAAGAAAAUCAAAGGCUGAAAAUGUACUUGGGUCGAAUAAUGAAGGACUACGAAACCCUUCAAAUGCAAUUUAACAACAUUGUUCAACAAGAAGCUGCAAAGAAAUCCAUUGAGAAUUCAGAAAACAAUCACGAUGAAGCAGUCGAAGAAACCAAGCUCGUCUCCCUUACGCUCGGAAGCUUUUCUUCUAAUCCCAAAAUCAAUAAGGAAGUAAAAAAUAAAAUUCCAAGUAACAAUGUUAUUGAUGUUGAGAAAGAUCAAAAUGAGAAGCAAGUACUUAAAGAAGGCUUGUCUUUGGGAUUGAGUAAUUACAAGGACAUUAAUGAAGCGUCAAGAUCGGGAGCAACGGAUCAAGGAGGACCGGCAGUGUCAAACCCUAGCGCCGUGAGCAGCUUUGAAGAGCCAAAGGAAGAAGCCGGGGAGACAUGGCCGCCUAGCAAAGUUUUAAAGGAAAAGAGAAGUGCUGAAGAUGAAGUUUCACAACAAAACCAAGUUAAGAAAGCUAGGGUUUGUGUGAGAGCUCGAUGUGAUACCCCAACGAUGAAUGAUGGAUGCCAAUGGAGGAAAUACGGUCAAAAGAUUGCAAAAGGAAACCCGUGCCCUCGGGCAUAUUAUCGUUGCACUGUUGCACCGUCAUGUCCAGUAAGAAAACAGGUACAAAGAUAUGCCGAUGACAUAUCCAUCCUAAUCACCACCUACGAAGGGACUCACAACCACCCGCUUCCCCUCUCCGCCACGGCGAUGGCUUCCACCACUUCCGCAGCCGCCUCAAUGCUUCUCUCCGGCUCAUCAACCUCCUCCGGCACCCGUCCCCCAUCCACCGAGCUCCACGGAUUUAGCACCUUCGAUAGCUCGAAAUGGAACUUCAACAAAUUCAUCUCAUCACCAUAUUCACCUUACUCAUCCUUCUCAUCUUCUCACCCAACAAUCACUCUUGAUCUCACUACAACCCCGUCAUCCUCCUCUCUCAACAAAUUCUCUUCUUCAUCUUCAAUAUCACCAAUCAACUAUCCUCAUCAUACCACCUGGUACCCUUCCACAAGUCUCAGCUUUGGCUCUUCAGAUUCCAACACAAACACGUCUUGGAACCACAAUAACAACAAUGGCUUCCUCAGCUAUGGAAGUAGUACUACUCAGGCCUACAACUUGAAAAGCCAAAUAGGAGCUCUAGCUAGCCUUGGAAGACAAACGACGUCGUUGCAUGCCAAUAACAACAACAACAACAACGUCAAUUAUUAUAGUCAUAACUCCAUGCAAAAAGGUAACCCUAGCACCAAUCAAGUACAGUCUAUGGUACUCCCGGACACCAUUGCUGCCGCCACCAAAGCCAUCACCGCGGACCCCACUUUCCAGUCCGCUUUGGUUGCCGCAUUUACCUCUGUCAUCGGCGGAGGACAAGGAAGUAAUAAUGUUGUUCAGGGUGGUGGAGAUCAUAAUAGUAAUAUUUACAAUAACGUGGUUCAAAAGCUGAAGUGGGGUGGUGAACAUACUCAUCAUCAUGAUCAUAAUAGUACGGGGAUCGGCGGAUGCUCGUCGACGUUUCUAAACAAAGAGGGGUUGGUGGGGAAUUCGCAGCCUGCAGGGAACUUGAUGUUCUCAUCGCCUAAUUCGUUGUCGUUUUCGGCCUCCAAAAGUGCAUCGGCGUCUCCUGGUGAUACUACUAGAGAGCAGACCAGUUGAUGGGUUUUGAUGAUCCGUGCAUGGCAAGCUUGUUUAAUUUGGAAAAAGAAGCUUUUGUGAACUUUGUAAAAUGUUGGUUGUUUCUUGAUUCUUAUUUUGCCUAUAUGUAUAAUAUU